ACAAAACAGUUGCACGUGUAAGCAGCUUUCGCUGCGAGUUUCAUUGCGUAUACGGAAAUACGUUCGUACGCUGGCGUAAACAUUCCAGAACGAGUAUGGUUCGAAUAGAACUUUCUCAACUUGUUGAGUUGCAGAAACGUACGCAGCAAAUUCGGAACAUUUGCAUUCUAGCACAUGUGGACCACGGUAAAACCACCCUGGCUGAUUCACUGAUCGCCAGCAAUGGUAUAAUUUCACAACGGCUAGCGGGAAAGAUGCGCUACAUGGACAGUCGACCUGAUGAACAGGAACGACAGAUUACGAUGAAGAGUAGCAGUAUAGCGCUAUGCUACGAACAACAUUUGGUCAAUCUGAUUGAUUCGCCAGGCCAUGUAGAUUUCUCCAGUGAGGUUUCCACGGCGAUACGACUUUGCGAUGGUGCGAUUAUAGUUGUGGAUGUUGUCGAAGGUGUAUGUCCUCAGACCAGAAUCUGUCUGAAGCAAGCUUACAGUGAAAAUUUGAAAACGGUGUUGCUACUGAACAAAGUGGACCGGUUGAUACUGGAGAAGAAAAUGGACACGGUAGAAGCGUACAAGCAUCUGACGCAGGUUUUGGAACAGGUCAAUGCUGUGGUGGGAAAUAUAUUCGUUACCGAUGUACUGGCGAAGGAAGUUGUAAGCUCAAAGGAUCAGAUAUCAGCACUGGAAGACGUUGAUGAUUCAUUGAUCUAUUUCACACCGUCGAAUGGAAAUGUGAUAUUUGGUUCCGCUCUAGAUGGGUGGGGUUUCACGACAAAAAUGUUCGCUGCGAUAUACCAAACAAAGUUGGGUGUACCAUUGGAUCAGCUGGAAGAAAGCUUGUGGGGCGAUUUUUACUACAGUCCCAAAAAGAAAGUUAUUGAAAAAGGAGCUUUAGACAAGGGACGCAGGCCAUUGUUCUCGCAGUUGAUUCUGGAUAACUUGUGGAGUGUCUACGAGAUUAUUCAAAAUCGUGACGUGGACAAGUUAAAAGCUAUAUCGGAAAAGCUUGGAGUUCCACAAACAGCACGAGAUUUGAAGCAUGCCGAUAUCCGUAUACCCAUUCGAAACAUUCUGUCUCAGUGGCUUCCAAUGGAAAAAUCACUUUUAGAGCAUGUCGUCCAAAAUGUUCCUAGUCCACAAAUGAUUCCCGACUCGAAGGCGGAAAAGCUGCUCUGCUCGCGAAUGGAGGAUUUCAAAUCGUAUCCCGAUCGAACGCAGCUACUAAAAUUUGACAUCAUGAAAUGUGACCCGGAAAGCGAAACGUUGAUUGUGUUCAUCUCUAAAAUGUUCCCCAUAGAGCCUACGGCCAUUCCCCAGUCGAUUGUGGAUGGUAUGAUGAAGUUGUUACUCGAUUCGGGACAAAGUAAUGUCCAUACAGAGGAGGAACUGUUUCUAGCAUUUGGCCGAGUGUACAGUGGAAAGCUUAAGAAGGGUGAUAAGGUCUUCGUUGUGGGGCCGAAACAUGAUCCACGAAUUUUAACACAGGAAUCGUUUGAUCUGGAAGCUUCACCUCAUAUUGCGCAGGUCCAAGUAGAUCACCUUUUCAUGCUGAUGGGUCGCCAACUGGAACCGGUGGAAUCGGUACCGGCGGGAAACAUUGUCGGUAUCGCUGGCCUGCAGAAUCACGUUCUUAAAACGGCAACAUUGAGUAGCACACCGUACUGUCCGCCGUUUGUGGAUUUGCCGAAAAUCGCUACGCCAAUUCUGCGAGUGGCUGUGGAACCAAAAGAUAUUCAGGAUAUGCCUAAACUUAUACGAGGACUGAAACGUUUAAAUCAGGCUGAUGCAUGCGUGGAAGUUCGCAUCCAAGAGAGUGGGGAACACGUUCUUCUCACAUUGGGGGAGGUUCAUUUGGAGCGAUGCAUCAAAGAUCUGCAGGAAACUUAUGCCAAAGUACAGUUGAACAUUUCCAAGCCCAUUGUUCCGUUCAAGGAAACGAUUGUGAAAUUCGUGCCCACAUCCGAGGAGAACUUUGAACAGGAAAUGGCAAAGGAGAAGGAACGCGAAAAAGUAGUGACCAUUCACACGCCAAACCAACAAUGUUGUAUUAAAUUGCUUGCAUUGCCUUUGCCCUCCGAAGUUGUUGAGUUAUUGGAAACCUACAACCCGAUUCUGAGGGUACUUGCGCAAACUCAAACCACAGAAGAAAUCUCGCAGAAUUUGCGCGAUUCUUUAGUCGAGCUGAAGGACAAGUUGCAUAAAGUUUUCACUGAUAGUGAAACAGAAGAAUUUUCUUCGGAAACGGUAGAGAAAAUUUGGAGCUUUGGGCCGAAGAAAUGUGGACCAAAUAUCCUACUAAAUCACACAUCGUUUCGAAAUCUACCAGUUUGGGGUAUGCGAAAAGCUCCUAAUUCAAACGAAGAAAUAGAUCCGUUUAGUAGUGAUGUGCGGAGUAAUUACGAAUCUUCGUUCGUCAACGGUUUUCAGUUAGCGAGUUUGGCUGGACCGCUAUGCGAUGAACCAAUGCAAGGUGUUUGUUUUGUCCUGUUAGAAUGGACUAUCUGUUCGGCGUCCGACGGUGACGGUGAGCAGGGAUCCGUUGUUUCCCACGGUCCACUGUCGGGUCAAAUAAUGUCCAGCGUCAAGGAAGGCUGCAAAAAAGCAUUCCAGAAUCAGCCACAGCGACUGAUUCAUCCCAUGUACAGUUGUAAUAUAACCGUUAGUGGCGAUGUGCUGGGGAAAAUGUACGCCGCCAUUGGGAAGCGCCAGGGGCGCAUUCAAUCCGCUGAUCUUAUCGAAGGCAGCGGCCAGUUUGAUGUUAAUGCUGUUAUUCCUGUGAUUGAAUCGUUCAACUUUGCCACCGAAAUAAGAAAACAAACGUCCGGUCUAGCGAUGCCGCAGCUGGUGUUUAGUCAUUGGGAGAUCAUCGACAUUGAUCCCUAUUGGGUACCCAGAACGGAGGAAGAAUACGAGCAGUACGGAGAAAAGGCCGAUUUUACCAACAUCGCCAAAGUCUACAUGGACUCGAUACGUGAACGGAAAGGUUUGUCUGUGGAGAAGAAAACAGUUGAACACGCCGAGAAGCAGCGGACGUUGUCAAAAAAUAAAUAGUGAAUAAUUUUCAGUAUUUGGCUGUUUUUAGAUAAAUAAAUUGAAAUUUUAUAGCUUGUUUUGAACGAA